ACAGCUUUGGAAAAACAGUUCACCGCACUAUUGGUUGUUGAAAACGUCUGUCGAGGAGUAGGUCAGGGCGUCAGGUGAAACUUACAAAGUAAGUGGGUGUGUGUAUGUGCGCUGCAGCAAGUGAAAAAGAGUACUGCACCUAAAGAUCGAAGAGUUCAAAUCAAGUAUCGGAACUUGCCACCCCCCUCCUCUCCAAAGAAACGCUGUACUGUCUUGUCCAGCAACAGGAUACGGGGGACGAAGGUGUUUUCCAGAGUUCCUGAGAAGAUGAAGAGCCUAAAAUCCCGAUUGAAGAAACAAGAAGUAACAAUCACUAAUACGGACUGGAACAAGUACGAUGACCGGCUGAUGAAGGCAGUGGAGAGGGGGGAAGUGGACAAGGUUUCUGCGACUCUUUCUAAGAAGGGAGUCAACCCCACCAAGCUUAAUGUGGAGGGACAAUCAGCGUUCCACCUGGCUGCUUCCAGAGGACACCUGGAUUGUCUCAACAUCAUGCUGGGCCAUCAUGUUGAUGUGACUGCUGCCGACGCCACUGGGAAAAAUGCCUUGCAUUUGGCUUCAAGGAAUGGGCAAUCACUGUGCGUGCAGAAACUACUCCAGCACAACUGCCCUACUGGAAACGUGGACCUGCAAGGAAGAACAGCGCUUCAUGAUGCUGUGAUAGCGGGCUGUUCUUCGAGCGUGAAGCUGCUGUGUGACAGUGGAGCCUCUGUCAAUGCAAAGGAUUUUGAUGGAAGAACGCCGCUGGUGCUGGCCACACAGAUGUGCCAUCCAAAGAUUUGCCAACUUCUGCUUGACCGCGGGGCAGACAUCAGUGCCAGAGACAAGCAGAGCAAGACGGCUCUGAUUUUGGGCUGUGAGUACUCCUGCAAGGACGCAGUGGAGGUGCUGUUAAAGAAGGGUGCUGAUGUCACAAUGAUGGACUCCCUGGGUCAUGACGGAUAUCACUACGCCAGGCUCUGUAAAAACUCUGAACUCCUGUCAAUGGUCAAGGCUGCCUAUGAUAACGCCAACAAAGCAAAGGAAGCGGCCAAGAAAGGACCGCAGUUUCACCAGGUGCAGAGUGUGGAGAAUCCACAUAGGAUGGAUCCGAUGAAUGCAGAGGCAGAAGCAAAUCUAAGUGGACAGAUAUUCCAGGAACUUGAGGUUGAAAACGAAGACUUGAAGGGUAGAUUGCGAAAGUUUCAUCAGGAACAGAGAGUGCUACUUGACAAGGUUAAUGGAUUACAGCAGCAGCUCAACCAGGAGAAGAGAACAGUGGAGGAACUCCAGAAAGAGAGAGAACAAUUAAAGCUCCUUUUAACAGCGAAAGACAAGGAAAAGGAUGAAAGUGUGAAAGCUAUGGAAGCAUUAAAGGACAGACUAAAGAACUGUGAGAGUGAUCACAUUGGCCAAUGUGGACUUAAAAGAAGAGAUCAUCUGCUUACAAAACAGUCCCGCAGCUUUGACUUAACACAGUCACAGUCUGUUGCCAGACCACUGGAGUUAAUGGCGGGCCCAGCCUCUCCAGGUGAAAACGAAGCCCUCAAGAAGGAAAUGGAAGUGUUAAGAAAACGGUACGAGGCAGCGAAAGAAGACCUGGGCAGGCUUCAGAAAGAGCUCUUGGGCAAGAUUCAGGAAUGCAAAAGUUUGUCUGAAAAAUGUGAGACAACAAAACAGGACUCUGACAAGCAAGUGAGGGAGAUGGAGGAUGCACUGAAUGACGUACAAAAGAGAAUGGUGGAUUCGGAGAUGAAAGUAAAGCAACUGCAGACUCAUGUGGUAGCGGUGAAGGAGCACCUGAACAACCAGGUGGUGGAAGAUCUGAAGGAACAGCUGCAAGAUGUCAAGGGGAAAUACGAGGGGGCCUCGGCGGAGGUGGGGAAGCUGAGGAACCACCUGAAGCUGAACGAGAAAGCACUGGAGGAGUACAAGAAAAGUGAAGGAAGGUUAGCGGAAGACAUGGAGAAGAUGCAGAAGGAACUUAGCAAGUCGAAGAGGGAGAGGGAGCAAGCGGCAAUGACGGUCAUGGACAUCGAAAGACAGAUGAAGGAGCUGGAAGCCAAACUGGCCUCCACAGUACCCGGAGAGAAAUUUGACAACAUGAAGAAUCUGCUUACGGAUGCUGUGGAUGAGAAGGAGGGGCAGAUCGCGGAGCUGAGGGAAGACUACGAAAGAGCACUGGAGGAAAUUGCGGGGAUGCAAAAAGAACUUGAUAGGCAUGUGACACUUGAGGAGUAUGACAGACUAAAGACUUCCUUCGAAGAUCAGGCUGGGGGUCUGAAGAAAAAACUUGCAGAUGUCACUGCCAAAAGUCAGACGUUGAUAAAGGAAGUAGAAAAGAACCAGCAGGAGAAUCAGUUACUUAAAAAGCAGCUGCAGGACUUGACUGUAAAAAUGCAAGCCCAGUAUGUGCCGUUAAAGUCGUAUGAAGAGGUGAAGAAAUCAUUGAGCAGCACCACCGAAGAGCUGAACAGGAAGCUUUCGGAGGUGACACAAAAGCACAUACGGGCUCGAGCUGAAAUGGAGAAGCUCCAAUUGGAAAAAGACACUUUAUGUGAAAAUGUGACCCAUCUGCAAGCCCAAUAUGUUCCACCUGAAAAGUUUGAGAUGGAGGUAACCAGCCUUUCAUCUCAGAAAGAGAGUCUAAAACAAGAGCUUGAAGAACUUGAUCAAAAAUACAACGAAAGGGAAAAAGAGAUAGACAAGUUACUCUCACAGAAUGCUGAUCUGAAACAAAAGAUGGAAAAGCAGUUUGUGCCAAAAGAGCUGUACAAAGAGAGUAAAAAUUCAUUAGAGAGGGCUAACAGUGACCUAUCUAAACUGGAGAAGCAGUACAGAGAGACCCAGCAAGAAUUCAAGAAAGUGAAGGAUGAAAACAUAACGUUGAGAGAAAAGUUGCAGGUUUUCGAGAAGCAGUUACACCAUGGAUACGUUAGUCUUAGCGAUCAUGAAGCAAUGAAAAACACCCUGAAUAACACUGUGUCAGAGCUUCAGCGCAAAGCUGUGACAGCUGCAUCUGAUUGUCAGAAAGCACAGGAGGAAACUUUGAGACUUCAUAAAGAAAUCGAGGAGCAGAAGAAAGAACUGGACACUAUACAGGAAGCAAUUCAGUCCAAGUUUGUUCCGGUGACUGUCGUUGAGGAAAAGCAACGCGCUUUUGACACAACGCUGAAGGAUCUGAGGAAUCGGUUGACAGAGAUGCAGGAGAGGCUGAGGGAAGCCAAGCUGGAGGGAGACAGUUCUAAGCAGGACAACGAGAAGCUUAAAGUGCAGAUUAUUUCUGUACAGCAGAGUAUGAAAACUGGAUACGUUCCGAGCGCGAAACAUCAAGAAAUCGAAAACGUGUACAAAAGAAGAACAGAAGAGCUUACCAAUGAGCUUGGGGAGCUAGCACGGAAAAAUGAAGACGUGGCUCUUCAGAAGAAAAUGUUGGAAGAAGAAAACGCCAAGUGCCGUUCAGGGUUCCAGGCGCUGCAGCAUCGCAUGCAAACAGAGUAUGUUCUGCAAGAGCAGUUUAAGACAAUGCAACAGUCUUUGAAUGGCACAAUCGAACAGCUUAAGAAUGAGUGUGAGAAAACAAAAGUGGCUUACAGACAUGAAUCUGAGAAAGUGAGGAUGUUACAGAAAGAACUAGAGGUUCACAGUGCUGGCUCUGUAGCGUUGGAAGAGCACAUUCGAAUGAAAGAGAACUUGGAGGGAGAGGUUGCAGAUCUGAAGAGCCUUCUAAAAAAGGAGGAAGAAAGAAUGAUAGAAAAGAUGGAGCAGGUGGUGUCCCUUCAGAGAGACCUGCACAGCGCCAGCAGAGCCCUGGAGCAGAUCAAAGAGAAGGAAGGCGAUGAGUUAUUGGUGUACAGAUCGGCAAAGAAUGCCCUGGAAGCAGAGGUCACUGGCCUCAAUGAACGUUUGUCAAGUUUGACAGAAAAGUAUGAGGAGCUGUGUGAGGAAGCCUUGCGCGCCAAGGACAAGGAGCUGACUGCAAAAACCGAGAAUGAGAUGCGGCAGGCCAACAGCCUGUCUAUUGAGAGAGAGAUUAAAGAACUGAAGGGGAGAUACGACGAAUCCUUGACCACGAGUGCCGACCUGCAGAAAAGGAUUCAAGAAUCUGCUGAACAGACGACAGCAAAGGAUAAAAAGAUCACGGAGCUCCUGAAUGACGUGGAGAGGUUGAAGCAAGCCCUUAAGUUGGCAUACACCAGCAACACUCCGACAAAGAGACAGAACCAGCAGGUGGAGACCCUCCAAACCCAGAUCAAGAGCCUGCAGCAACAGCUGGCUGAUGCUGAAAGGCGACACAUAGAAGUGGUUUCAGUGUAUCGAACACACCUCCUCAGUGCUGCACAGGGGCACAUGGAUGAAGAUGUGCAGGCUGCCUUGCUCCAGAUCAUUCGGAUGAGGCAGGAUUUUGUAUGCUAGGAACUGAACCACACUGAGUGCCGUACAGCCAUUGUGACCUUAAUCCUUCACUUCACGAUGCACUACAUAGCAUACCGAAGAAUACGCAACCAAGCAUCGCCUGUGACACAGAGGACCAUGGCGGAUUGUUUAAUGGUUUGAGAAAAAAAUGCAAAAGAAAUGAUGCCUAGUUUCGCCUUUUUCCCUCUAAAAUGCAGCCAGUUUUACUUAAUUAUUUUAAUGAAGCUGAUUUAAAAUAUUUUUAUAAGCUUCUCUGUAUGGUAAAUUCAGUAACCCCUUUUUUAUUUCCAAAUGAAGACGUGGAGCCUUUUGAAUACAAGUCCUAUUGUCAAGACAUUUAGAUUUCCUGCAGAAUAAGGACAUUACUAGUUCUGUUUCAUAUUUUACAAUUGACUAUAUAUGGGAGUAUGUUAUAAUACUACAUGUAACUUGCUCCCAAGAGUAAUGCAGCACUAUGCUGCACAUAACAAUAGCACAAUACUGUUUAACGCUCAGAAAACCAAGCCGUGACAUCACUGAGUCACGUCCCUGUGUCUUAUUUGGGACGUUUUCAGGCUGUCAGGAAGGUUCUUUGUUUUUAGAUUUCUUCUUUUUUUCUGUUUUAUUUUUUCUGAUUUGUUUUCCAGACGUUACAUUGUUGCCAAGCCUGUUGUUUCCCCAGGUAUAUUAUCAACAAUUACUUGUUACGAUAAUAUCUAUAUAGCAAGCUUUAGCACAAUUAUAUAUACACACUUUAAAUAAGUCUAACUGUACCAAUCUGCUUGUAAACAUCCUAAAGAGGUUUAAAAAAAAUUUCAUAUAACUUUCACUUUAAAUACAGCACGACUACAACAGCAAAAGAAUGUGACAGAUGAGUUGAAUUGAGGUCACAGUGUGUACUGAGGUGGCUGUGCUUCCGAUAGGGCUCCAUUCUCAUCUCAGUUAGGCUAGUGUGCCUGCAGACACCGGUACACAGUACUGGGUAAGCACUAGCCUUACUGGGAUUAAACCACUGCCCAGGGUUGUGGCUUGGCUGGCCAAGUUGCCUUGUAAUUUAACUAAGCUAGCUAAAAUACCAUGGCUUUGCCUUGCAGGUAAAAAUAGGAAUUUAGUUUUUAACUAGACUAACUUUGUGCCUUUUACAGAUAUAUUUUUUCAAGAAUGGCUUUGUUAUACUUUGAUUUAAACACUAUAUGAUAAUAUUAUUCAGCAGGACUGGAAUGGAAUAGGAUAAUGAUUGUUCUUGUUAACAUUUCUAAUGUCAGGGGGCACUGACCCUGGGAUACCCCCCCCCCCCUUUGUAUUUCUCCAGGUUGGUACUGUUCUUAAUAAGGUGUAGAUUACCCUCAUGGACUACUGUGUGUGAAAUAUGUAUCUAAUAACACUUUAUCUUGAUGUUUAAAGAAAAACAGAAUAGCCAAACACUUGUUUUAACAGCCUAUAAAAAGGCAAAUGUUUUUAUAGUAAUAAUAAUAAUAAUAAUUUGCUAACAUUUUAUUGUUAUUUUUUAAAGCCCCCCAAUCUGUAUUUGUCAGUGGUUAAACGCACCUCUAGAAGAAGUCCUUGUGGUACUGGUACUGAUGGUUAUAGUGCAGACGUUUCGUUUGGAAAUCCGGAUGGAAUUGUGUAUCCAUCUUAAUAAUUGGAUGUACCAGCAUUAAUAAAAGUGCCUAUUUUAGAAGAAAA